GACCAGCAGCCUGAUUGUUGAAAUCGAUCGACAAAGCAAGGACGACACUAUGUCUUAUCGGGCUGACAAGUUAACUCGAGGGAAUUGCGAUUGUUGAACACUUCGGAACGGUUAAGACAAGACAUAAGGUCUAAUCGACAAGGCACGACAAAGCGGCAGCGUUGCCGUCGUCGGCUGCGUAAUUACCGAAUUCUUAAAUAUCUCUCAACCAAUCAAAACGCAGUGACUCUCUUGGCGGCGUUUCCGGCGGAAACACAGAUUAGGGCGGAAAUGGCGGAAACGGAUAAUGUUUUGUUCUUGUGAUGUGUUUUGUUUUGAGGAUAUCCGGCAUUCGUUGAUUUCGUUUCGUUGCUGUGCAGUGAAAAGUGUUGUGAUUAAAGUGUUUUAGAUAGUGUUUUUCAUUAUUUAAUUCUGUUCUUGUUCUUCUCCGUCUCUGAUUUUUAUCCCUCCUCAUCCUACCUACCGUCAUUUCUCAUCCUCUGUUUCUCAAGUCCGUAUCUCCACAAGUAACGUAAGUAAAUAUGCCCUUAUCAAGUCAUUCCAAACGUUAGUCUUGGACCCCUCAUUUCAAUGGAAUGAAACUUUCUCUAGGUACUUGUAGCAUAACUUAAUUCAAGUAAUCUUCUAAUUUGAGGGAUCAAGAUUGUCAUGAUUAAUGUGCAGAAUCUUAUCAUCAAGAAGUUUACCAAUUGUGCACUCCAACUUCACCAAAAGUAGCACAUCAAAUAUCAAUCUCAGAAGUUGUAAUGUAACUUUCUCUUUUUUUCUACAUGAGAAAUACGUGUCUCCUUUUAGCAUGAUUACCUACGAAACGAUGAAACCAUGAAAACAAAAAUUAGUCCCAAUGCUUGAACCCAAUAAUUAGUCAGCCACAUUUUGAGCCUUUACUCCGAUCCUCUAUCUGUCCCAUCACACUUGAGUCCAUUCCAACUAUGUGAUGAUACUCUUAAUAGGUAAGAAAAAAUAAUUGCUUCGUACUGCUGGUAUAUUGCGGUUGUUCAAGUGUUGAUACUUACUACACAACUACGCUAUACAGCAAGUAGAUUGCAGUUAAAAUCUGUCUGAGAAUAAACUACUUGGACGCUGCCGUUUUGAGGAUUGCACAUUGCUGUCGGUAAGCUGGGGUAGCAGGCGAUGUCUUGCGGUGAGUUUGGAGGAUUCGAAGUAAGUACAGUCUCAUUUGUGAUGUAAGUAAGUUUUUUGCCUUCAUUUGUACUGGGUAUUACAAUUGGUGUUUUGCACCAGUGGCUCAAGUGAAUAUUUGCCGAGGUAGAAUUUUUCCAUGAAUCAAUGGCUGAGCCUCCAAUGAAAGUUUAUCAAAUGAUUAUUUUUUAUGAGCCUUUGUGUGUAGGUGUAGUCUUGCUUUCUCCAUUCACUGAUGAAGCCCUUUUGACAAGCUCUCGUAAGAAGUUAAAUAUAAAUAUUGACCCACAGAUGUUAUGCGAGGAUUAGUUGCACUGCAAGUUAACUGCCUCAAAUUACUGUUCAUGGAACAAAAAUUCUCAGAGCUCAGAGCUGUUUUUAAGGCGCUUUGUGUUUUGUCAUGCAGAGGUCAUCCUUGGUUUUACUUCUUGAAAGUGAGAGUUGGAGUCUCCAUUUCUCAGAGGUGUUGAUAUCACAUCUAACCAUUGGUGCUUGUUUCUGUAAAACAAAAGCACUUGUUACAUUAUAUUUUACAGAAGCUUGCACUAAUAGCUAUGAUGUAAUGUCAACAUCUCUGCUAAUUUGGGAGGUCCUUUAAACCUGCUCUCACUCAUCCCUUUAUUUUUCCUCACCGACAUUUUUAUUCUUUAUUUCACAAUCAAUGAUGGUUGUAGAGGAAGGGUUUUUCCUGUUUUUGUUUGUUUGUUUUUUUUUUUUUUCAGAAUUAAAUCCCUGCUGGUAAAUCUAAAGGUUUCUAGAAAGGCUUUUAGCAAGAAAUUAAAUCGUAGCUCACCAUUCCACUAUCUCCAAUUAAGAAUGAAGUUGUGUGUCGUAAUACUUUCAUUGUUCACUGACCAAUUUUAUUUUCAUUUAUUGCAAGGUUGCUGUGUUAUCGUUUCAGGAUGAGUGAAAGGAAACAGGGCGAAACAAAAAAACAAAGAAUGAGUGAGGCGCAAAAGACCCAUUUGAUCACCUACAUGGUUGACCAUUCGUACUUCGCGAAACAUGGGGUCGACCCAGGGCCGAACGGAUCAGAUGCAGGGGCAAAACGCUGGCAGAAGCUCACCAAUGAGCUAAACGCCAUUGGUGCAGCUACUAAAGACGCUUCAGGCUGGAAACAAACGUGGAGCGAUAUGAAACUCCGCAUUAAAAAAAUUGCGGCCGGAAUAACAAACUUGCCAACAGGCAAUUCUGGGAAGCCACCAAAAAAAUUGAAGCCCGAGGAGGAGCUGGUUUAUCAUCUGUGCGGGGGGAAAGACUUCAUCGGCGCAGGAACGGAGGAGGAAUUGGGGAUAGCCCUGGCGACUCAACAACAACCUCAACCUGCUCUUGACGAUGACGCUGAUUACAGUUGGCUUCCACCCCCACCCCCUGAACUUGUAAGGGAAGGAGAUGAGGAAUCCGAAGAUGCGGAUAUGCCUGAUGAACAGACUGAUACCUACAUCACAGAUACUGAGACUAUUGAAUUCGAUUUCCCUGAACUUGGAAUACAGAGCAUAACCCUCCCAACAAGCACUGCACCCAAAAAUUCAGUAAAUCUCUCAUGUCAGAGAACGCAAAGAAAUAACAACCCUGAGAAAGAACAAGUGAAAAGUAUGAUUCCCCCAGAAAUUCCACCCAAAACUCCCCAAUCAACACCAAAGCCGGCUCCCCACUCUUUACCUAGUUGCUCCAAAGAAAAUGGUAUGUAUGUUGGGGACUCAUUUAGGUAUCAUAGAAACUGUUCUAUUUUAUCAGAAAAGAUGCACCUUCUAAGUUUAAUUUAAGCGCGGAGCGCAGGAAAUAACCCCCUCCCCCUCCUCUGACGAGCAAUUUAUUUUUUCACCUAAAAUGAACGAGCAGGAAGUAAGAAGGAAAAAACUUUUGUUUACUUGGAUUUAUCUUCAAUUUUUUAAGUAUCUACAUUACAUUUUUAGGAAAUACAUCCUUACAUUGUUAUCUUCCUUUUCUACCCCUCAUAUUCUAUCUGUCUUGCAGUUUACCUAUCAGCUAUAAUUAAGAGGAAACUAAACCUUUCAAAGGAGCCUACCAAUUUUUAAAUAUUAUUAAAAAAUAGUCCUAAAACAUCUCAAAAUAUACCAAUGGUUUAGUUCAUUUUUAAUUGGAUUUUUCAGGAACCACCGAAGUCCAGAAGGAAGGCGAAAAGAAAAAAAGUACAUUUGUACCAAGGAAGAGGCAGAGAGUCCACGAUGCCUUCAUGGAAACGACCGGCGUAUUCUCAGAAGGGAUGGCUGAGACGCGAAAA